AGUAGUUUUGCUCUCUGAUAACACUUUGGCUCAGAUAAGUCGUCUGAAGAAGUGAUAUUGUCAUAAACACAGCUAAUCCUACACAAUGAGAUUAUUCAUCUUGGGACUUGCUUUAGCAGGUCAUGUGAUUGGUGCAUGGAGUUCAAAUGUCGGAUCAAAUCCAGCGGUUAUCCAGGACUUCCCUUAUUUCGCUUCCAUCGAGAAGAAUGGAGUAUACGCUUGUGCUGCAACUAUUAUUGAUGACAAAUAUGUUAUGACCACAUUCUCCUGUGUGGAUGGGGUUGAUGUCAAUACACUUGGAGUACGAGUGGGUACAUCUCAACAGGGUAGGAGAGGAGACUACUACAGGGUUGUCGAAGUGAACUCAUCAAGGGCGUUUCCCUUUGGACCAGGACCAUCACCAGGACCAAGGGUCGCCUAUGACGUUGCUAUGGUCAAGGUAGCAGUUUCCUUCACAUACUAUCCUAAAGUAAUUUGGGCUAACCCGAAUGCUGAUGGGAUUCAGGAGCUUGAGGAAGGUUCUGUUGUAGGCUGGGCGAAUACCAAGCAAUGGGGAGGUGCUCUUAGCUCUGCCAACGCAUACGUUCUAUCGUCCAAUAACUGCUCUCAGAUCUACGCUGGCAUCAUGAAUAUAUCUGCAGAUAUGUUCUGUCUGUGGCCCACCGACCCAGCCAACAGCCCUUGCUUUGCAGAUAUGGGGGCUCCGUUCUUCCUGAAUGAGCAAUACUAUGGCAUAGUGACCCAUUCCCCAGGCUGUGACAACCCGAACCUCCCCGUGGUGGUCACUGGCAUCUCUAAGCUCACCAGCUUCAUAAUCAUGGUUCUGUGCGACGUGCAGGACAUGUUUGGUCAACUUGGCAUGCAAAUGGCUGGACUUUCAGACGAUAUGCAGCAAAACCUGCCUUAUGCUAAAUAUUCCAUAGACAUGUAAUUACUGUAUUGAAGGUGAUGAUUAAAGUUAUAAUGAAUCUUC